AUGCCUUCCACACAGAAAGCACUCCUCCUCGAGAAAAAAUUCGGUGAUUUCUUGAUCAAGGAAACCGAAAUCUACAAGCCUGGCCCCGGAGAAAUCUUGAUUAAAAUUCAAGCGACCUCUCUCAAUCCUGUCGACUGGAAGAUCCAGAAGUAUGGAAUAUUUGUUGAGGAAUUUCCGGCAGUUAUAGGAUGCGAUAUUGCAGGGGAUGUUGAAGAACUUGGGGAAGGAGUCAUUGGCUUCAAGAAAGGCGACCGAGUGUUUGUACAAGGGCAAUUCAACUACAGCAGAUUCUCCUCUUUCCAACAAUAUUGUGUUGCAAUUGCUGCAACUGUAGCCAAGCUUCCCGACAACUGGUCCUACGAACAAGUCUCCGCACUCCCGGGAGUCUUGACAUGCGCCUACGUUGCUCUAUACAACAAAUCUCCCUUUGGUCUAGGGUUCGAGCCUCCGGUGUCAGAAGCGACAAAAGGAAAAUAUGCUGGCACCCCUAUCGUGAUUCUGGGAGGGGCUUCAUCUGUUGGACAGAUUGCUAUACAGCUCGCCAAAUUAUCAGGCUUUUCGCCCAUUCUGACAACCGCGUCGCUUAAGCAUACCGAACACCUCAAAUCCAUCGGAGCAACUGAAGUAUUCGAUCGAAACCUCCCUUCAUCCGCAUUGAUCACUGCAAUCAAGAAAGCUACUGGAAGUCAACCAGUUAAGCAUGUCUUUGACACCGUUUCGUCCGCGAAGACCGAACAGGACGGUCUCGACAUAUUGGCCUCGGGCGGUCAAAUUAUACUCGUACUGCCAUUGGCAGUCCCAGCUCCAGAGGAUAAGAAGGUCACCACUGUCAGCGGGUUUUUAAGAGACCCCAAUAACGUCGAACUGCUUGAAAGUCUUUAUCGCGAUCACAUCACCGCGUGGUUGGAGCAGGGUGUAAUCAAGCCUAACAGCAUCGAAAUUCUUCCUCGUGGUUUAGCAGGUAUUCCGGAAGGUUUGGCUAGAUUGCAGAAGGAUCAGGUGUCUGGAUUCAAGCUAGUCGCGCAUCCGCAAGAAACUUGA